AUGGAAUUUAGAUUACUCUCUCCAGAAUUAAGCUUAUCAUCACGAGCUGAAGACUAUGAAGUGGAUGAAGAAGAAAAUUUGGAAUUACCACCAAGUCCAAUAUUUGAAACAACGGAACAAGCCAAACAAGUCAUUGGAGAUUUCUCGAAUAUGGUAUUUGAUAUGGUAGUGAUCGGAGUGUAUGGAGCUGGCAGCCAAUUUGUGAGAGGAGCCUUUGUGGAUCGAAUGAAUGAAUUGAAAUUGAUUCAUGUGGCUUCCAUCCGAGCAUCACCACAAGAAGCCGAUACUAGAACACGAUUAAAGAAGGACAUUACCGACAAGAUUUACUAUUAUUCAUCAACAUCAUCAUUGGAAAGUAAUGAUGCAUUGAAAAUUUUGAUUGUGGAUGGCGGAAAUGUUAUUGAACAAAAACACAAUGCUCAAUAUUGUACUGUGAAAGAAACUCAUCAAAAUGCAUAUGUCACCUAUUUAUAUUCUAAAUUAAUUAUUGAUAACAUCAAAGCGAAUAGAUUUGUUAUUCUUGACAGCAUCUUGGCCAGCUCUUUUACUGCUGGAGACAAGAGGCAAGUGAGACCACCACUUUUGAGAUGUCUGAGGACACAAGCUGACAAGAAUUCAUUCAAACAUGCAUUGCUUUUACCGCCAUAUUUGGAGUCUCCAAACUUGAUGACUGGUGUAGCUGCAUCAAUUUUGACCAUGCUCGAGCAUAGAAAUUUGAAUGGAAUUUUACUUUGCUCUCUAGAAGAAAAUCAUGCUUUGGAACAAGUGACCAUGAAAGCUUUUGAGAAGAGUGUUUUUGGAAUUCUAGUCAAACAAACGGGCAGCGAGGAGGCCAACAGCUUGAAUGCAACACCACUCUCUCCUCUCACACCAAACUCUGCUCUCAAAUACAAGACCUUGAGCUCGAGUACCGAGCAUCACGCUCUGUAUUUGUAA